CCUGGAGUGAGGGACAGAAAGAGUGAGAGAGAGAAGGUGUUGAACAGAAACAGAACCGGACCACAGAAGUCAAGACCGCUUUAGUCCAUUAAGGGAAAGACAGAAGAGAGAGAGAGAUUGACAUUUGUCCUGUCUGUCUCACAGCGGGGAACAGCGGUUUACUGUUACGCCAGCAGCAGGAACGUGGACACAACUGCACAGAAUGUCUAAACAGCCGUCGUCCAAUGUAAAAGCCCUGCAGGCCAACCUUAAUAUUCCGAUGGGGGCUCUGCGUCCUGGGGCGGGACAUCCUGUGAAGAGGAGAGAAGAUACAGUAGAUGCAGAGGAGGCAUCCCCAGUGACUCCAGAGGAGAAAAAGGCCCUGCCUGGUGCUGUGAAACUACCGGGCCCCACCGUCGACCUUUCCGAGCUCCAGAACGUAAAGAGUGAACUCAGAUGGGUCACCAAGGACUAAACAACACAGGUGACUCCACCCCCAUUUUAUCCAAGGCUUUGGUUACUAUCUCCAUCCAAUCAGGUUCAUGUAUUUACCACAACUCCCAGAGAAUUGGUCGCAAAGGAAUCAAUGACAAGCCUUAAUGAUGACACUACCUACUGACCCAAGAAUAAUUGAAGGGGUGGAUUCUAUCAGAGCAAAGACUGAUGGGAAUUGAGCAACUCGAAGCUCUGAACCAGGGUUUAGUCUGUCUAAAAUAGGUCACCACUUUUUAAACCUCCCUGUAUGCUAUUCUGCAUUUUGUUUUAAAAUGUACUGUGUGUUUAACUUAAAGGGAUAGUUCACCCAAAAAUGCAUAUUCUGUCAUAAUUUACUCUCCCUCACGAGUAAACUAUCCCUUUAAAGUUUGAUUUUAUAGAUGUUCUGUAUUCUCCUACUACCAUCAAUUAAUCAUAAAA